AUGUCUACCCUGGGAAAGCGCAAACAGCGUGAGGAGGCCCCCGAAUCUUCUGAAGCCCAUGGAUCAACGCUAUUUGUAUCAAAUCUGCCCUAUACUGCAACGUCCACCGACCUUCAAACUAUCUUCUCCGAUCUCGCGCCCGUACGCUCGGCGUUCGUAGUCACCGAACAGGGCACCGGUGUCUCAAAAGGCGUGGGUUACGUCUCGUUUGCUGCAAGAGAAGAUGCCACGAGUGCUAUGGAGGAGAUUCAGAGAACCGGUCUGGCUAUUCAGGGAAGGAAUCUGAGGGUUACUUGGGCAGAUAAGAAAAAGGACAAGAAGUCCGGAGAUGCUGCGGCUACAGAUGACGGCGAGAAGAAAGUCAAGAAGGAGAAGGACACCAAACCCCGUCAACCUACCGGUCCUCGCGACCCGCUCGCGAUUCGUACAGUCGCUGUAUCCGGUAUUCCACCAGGCGUUGACUCGAAAGCACUUUGGAAGAAAUUCCGCAAGACGCGCGGCGCAGAAAGCGUCGAAUGGCCUGUGAAGAGCGCUGCAGGCGUAGAAGACCCUACAGUCGCCCACGUCCUAUUCGAUACACCCGCAAACGCGUCUUACGCCCUCCCCAAACUCCACGCUCACGUCUACAAAGGCGCACUCCUGUCUGCAACCCUCAAGAAGCGGCUCGACGGUGUAUCGAAGCCGGUCGCUGGCGCUGUAGCCAAGGGUCCAGCACCCUCCCAUGCAAGCAGGCUCAUUGUGCGUAACCUGCCAUUCGACGCCACCGAACAAGAUCUACGUGCUCUAUUCCUUCCAUACGGGACAAUUUAUUCUAUACACAUUCCACAAGCCGCACCUCAGCCUACACCGGCUAUUGCGACCCAAGACGAUGGAGAGGUGAAGGAGGAAGAGGAAGGCAAAUCUUCGAUCCCGAAACCGCGCGGAAAGGGCUUCGCGUUCGUGUGGAUGUGGACGAAGAAAGAAGCGGAGAAGGCUAUGGAGGGUGCGAAUGGCGCCGUCGUGAGAGCUGGGAUGGCGGAUGAGCUUGUCAGGGAUAAGCAAGUACGGAAGAAGGAUAGGAGGGAGGCGAAGAAGAAGGCUCAGGCUAAAGCGGCUGGAGCUGAGGGUGUCGAGGGCGAAGAGGGGGAGGGUGUGGCAGACGGGGAGGGCAAAGAAGAAGACAAGGGCGCGAGGACCAUUGCUGUUGAUUGGGCGUUGAGUAAGGACAAGUGGGAGGAGGAGAAGUCAAAGAUGGAAGUGGAUGGUGCAGAGGAUGCCAGCGAAGAGGAGAGCGAGGAUGAGGAAGGGAGUGACGGGGAUGAGAGCAAUAGUCAUGUCGGCUUGAACGAGGACAGCGACGUCGAUAUGUCGGACGACGACGAUCGUAGCGAUGAUGAGGCGCCGACAAAACCAGCGCUCCCUGCUCCUGAGGCAGGCACGACGCUCUUCGUCCGCAACAUCCCCUUUGAGGCUACGGAAGACGAGCUGCGAACACUAUUCCGCGUCUUCGGUCCCCUACGAUACGCACGUAUCACGAUGGACCACGAGCUGGGCCGCUCGCGCGGUACUGGCUUCGCAUGCUUCUGGAACAAAGAAGACGCGGACAAAGCCGUCGAGCUGAGCGAUACUCUGCGUGCAGAGACGACUGGCGCUGCACCUAGUGGGCCGAAGAAGAACCCGUUCAUUAUGCCCUCCAUCCUCACGCCCGAUCCAUCAAGCGCCUCCGCGCAGAGUCUGGUUUUGCACGGUCGUACACUCGACGUCGUACGCGCCGUCACGCGCGAUGAAGCUACGCGUCUCAAAGCCGAGGGAGAGAAAGCACGCGAGAAGGCCGACAAGCGCAACAUGUACCUCCUCCGCGAAGGCGUGAUCCUACCCAAUACCCCCGCUGCAUCAACCAUCCCGCCCGUCGAACUCGAGAAGCGGUCAAACUCCUACAACGCCCGCCGCACCCUCCUCAAAUCCAACCCGGCCCUAUACGUGUCCAAAACGCGGUUGAGCAUCCGUCAACUCCCACGUACAGUCACCGAAGGCGGGCUCAGGCGUAUGGCGCAGUUCGCCCUCCGCGCGUUCGACGCGGAAGUUAAAGAGGGCAAACGCGCUGGGUUGACGGAGGAUGAGCUGUCUCCCGAACAUGAUAAGGUUGAGGAGCAGGAUGAAGGGAAGGAGGAGAGGGAGAAGAAGGGCGGGAAGGGCAAGCCGAAGGGGAAAGUUAAGCAGGCGAAGAUCGUCAGGGAGAGCGGGAGGGUGGAUGUCAAAACAGGGCUGGGGAAGAGCAAGGGAUACGGCUUCCUCGAAAUGCGCGCGCAUGCCGACGCCUUGCGCGUCCUCCGUUGGGCGAACAACAAUCCCGAGCUCAAGAAGAUGUGGCCUGUAUGGGAGAAGGAGGCCAAGGAGCUGGCUGAGAAGGCGAAGGGAAAGAAGGGCGAGGUCAAGGAAGAGGAACAGAAGGAGGCGAAGAAAGCGAAGGUCGGAAAGGAGGAGGAAGAUCGAGAGACGAAGGGAUCGCUCAUCGUCGAGUUCUCGAUCGAGAACGUGCAAGUCGUGCAGAGGCGCACAGCGAAGGAGGAUGCGGCACGGUCGUCGAAGGGCAAAGACGAGGUUCACAAGCCUCGCGAGAGGCUCGCGCUACCGAAACGUGAAGAGGAUGAUACUUCGCCGAGAAAGAAACGUCGAAUGGGUCCUCCCAGCAUCGGCGCGCCGAAUAAAGAGGAGGGCGAGGAAAAGAAGGGCGGCAAGAGCUCAUUGGGCGCCGUCAUUGGGAGGAAGAGGAAAGAGAGGAAGGCAAAGCGCGGAUGA